UCAAGCAACGAUCACCCAGCCAUGGCUAAGUCCAAGAACCAUACCAAUCACAACCAGAACAAGAAGGCCCACCGUAAUGGCAUCAAGAAGCCCAAGACACACCAGACGCGUUCUCUGAAGGGCGUUGAUCCCAAGUUCCGCCGCAAUGCCAAGUUCGCUCUCAUCGGUUCGCGGAAAUCACGGAGGGACGCAAAUGAAGCAUCAUAAUGCCGUUAACAUGUUCCAUCGGAUGGGGAGGGGGCUGCCCCAUGGAUGCUCUCGCAAGGCGAGAGUCGCUGCAUCGCUCUAUACGCUUCACCGCAAAUCAUGUCGUAUAUGCUCUAUGAUUCGCAUGGCCUCAAGGCAAAGGCACAAAACAUUCUUCGUCUGUUGCACCUGGUCGCCAGAAAAUGCAC